AUGGAAGUUGAAGCCGCUGAAAUUGACACUUCAGUUGGUGACAAACAAGUGCACCAACAACCUCACAAGGUUCCUACUUCGGAAGAUGUGAAGGUUCCUAGUCUUGAAGAUCCCCUCAUUCCUAGUCCGGAAGAUAGGGAAAGGUACAGAGUUAUUUGUAAAACAAUGUUAAAUUUGUUAGAGGAUUGGAAUAAGAAAGAAAUUCAGGGGGUGGGACGCAAGGCGAGGCCUCCCAUGGAAACUAGUAUAAAUCUGGUUGGUGAUGAAGGGGACAAGGAGGCUAAUGCCACGGCUCAGAAACCAGAUGCGGAAGGCAAAGGAUGCAGACUGAAGCGGCCCGCGAAAACAUUGUUGAGUCCAUUCACUGAUCCCUCCAGGAAAAAGAGGCCGACUACUGGUUUUCAUGCACAGACACCUGAGGCCUGUUUUGAUCCAACACAACCCGUGGCCAUGGACGAUGUGAAGGCUAUGAUACAAGUUUGCAAGGCUUGGAAAAGUGACAUCAGUGCGGAUCUGGAGCUCGAACCAUUUGUAGUUGGGGCAGAUUUUUUUUACAAACUUGUAGAUGAAACUGCAUGGAUGAGCUCGAGGCACCUUGACAUGGCCAUGUUUCUAAUACGCAAAAGACAACUCUCUCAUCCUCAAGUAUUUGGAACGGAGUGGACAACUGCCGAGUUUUGUCUGCAGGUCUAUCUCCCGUAUAAUGUUCGACAAUCCCAUUGGGUGGCUGUAGAGAUUGACUUUGUCAGACAUACUGCCACUGUCUACGACUCGUAUACUGUUUUUACCUCCAACACAAUGCUUGUCCGACAAAUGGAGCCUAUUACCCAGACGCUUGCAAAGGUGUUGUAUGACAUGAGGUUUUAUGAGAAAUCGGAGGUUGAAGCGGUGAAGAGAAAGGGGAUUGACAUGUCAACGUUUAACCCAUUCACAAUUUGUAGAAUUUCCGAUGUUCCUCAGCAAAGUGAUGGUAUGUGCACUUCUAACUUCUGUACUGCUCGGGUGGACAGUACCUCAUGUGGCAUUAUGAUCGUCAAAUUUAUUGAGUAUCUCAGUGUUGGCAUUCCUUUUAAUACCAUUGACCCAGCCAAGUUUGGCUACUACCGAUUGAAGCUUGCAAUCGAGGCUCUCAGGGGAGAGGCCUAUGUAUGA